AUGGAUGAGGGAUCAGAUAAGGCCCCUCGGCGCAAGAGGGUCUCCCGUGCUUGCGAUCGCUGUCGCAGUAAGAAAGAUAAAUGUGACGGCAUUCGUCCCACUUGUUCCGCCUGUCAGGCAUCGGGCCAGUCCUGCUCCUACGACCCCCAUGCGAAGAAACGCGGUCUCCCCGAGGGCUACGUCCGUGGCCUGGAAAAGUUGUGGGCACUAUCGAUCUGCAACAUUGAUGGGUUCGAGGAUACCAUGCUGGCCAUGCUAGGAAAUACCGCCGAGUCUGCCGGUCGUCGCGAGAAACUGAUGUCCGUGUGGUCGGACGAUAGUACCUCGGAGAGUUUACACGAAUCUUGGAAAACGAGUCGACUGUUCGGCGCGCUGGAGAAAAUGCUCUCUAGCUCAGAUGCGCCGGGACCGGCGACGGGGAAGCGAUUGCGUGACCCGCAAGAUGAUGGCUCCGAUAGUCAAUGGGGGUUCCGAGUAGCUCGCACUUCUACUCCGCUCGGUCCGGGUGCUCCGCGUGUAGUUGAGCCUUUUUCCGCGUCACCGGGGGUAAAGCGGGCUCGAUUGUCCAAAGAGUCAGAUGGUCGGGGUAUUGCUGGACCCAGUCCCCAUGCGCUGCAGUUACCGCCUCAGACGUCGCAGCUGCUCGAUAUCUAUUUUGCAAUCACGCAUUCAUGGUUCCCCGUGGUGGCCAAGCAUAACAUUCUUCGCGCUUCUUAUCUCUAUGCCAACGGCCCUUUCUCUAUUGCUACGGCUUCACCUGGGUCCGGCGAUCACGCCGCUCUGUGGGCAAUCUUGAGUUACACCAUCACUCAAUCGCGAACAAUUUCACAGGCCGGUCCCGCUGGAACAGUCGCUCUGGCGAAGGAAUACUACACCGUCUCGCGAAAGCUCAUCCCCACGGAGAAAGACCGUUAUGAACCCGGUCAUAUUCAGGCGUUACUCCUGCUGAGCUUAGUAAACAUGGGUCUGGAAGAUUGGACCGCAGCUUGGCUGUUGAGCGGCCAAGCAGUUCGCAUGGCGAUUUCCAUGGGUCUUGGAACUGUGUCCGACAGCCGGCGGUCUGAUGAACUCAGACAAGGUAAGGCGGUCUUCUUGGGAUGCUUUGUAGUAGAUUCUUUGCUCUCUUUCCGUCUUUCACGGAGUCCAGCCAUGCCUCCAAGCGACCUUACUGCGGUAGGCCUGUUGGAAGAAGAUGGAUUAGAGGAGUGGAACUCCUGGGUGGACGUUUUACCACCCACGGGUGCUCCGCAGGGCAGCAGGAAUUCACCGCGCCGAGGACCACUCUUGGCCUUGAGCUGCUUCAAUCGGUUAGUUGAGUUGGCGAGCGUUCUCAACAAGGUCUCCCGCCACAUAUCUUCGGGAUACAACAUGGCCACCUUUGCACAUCAAUUGGUCAUGGAGCUUAAGCAAUGGGAUGACUGUCUACCUCUGGGAUGCCGCCUGAUUGGACCAGAAAGCAUCUAUCCAGAACGACAUUCGGCCUUACUUCCCCAUCAGAGUUACCUAGGUUUGACCUAUGCGGCCACCCUGCUUUGGCUCUAUCUGCAAUUGAUAUCAGGUGAGCAAGGGUUGCAUCGCUCACAGCGCCCAGCCACAGAGGGGGCCAAGAAGCUCCUCUACCGAGGGCUCUCUAUGCUCACCCAACACUUGGAAAACUUCUCUAUGUGCGGUCUUCCGCCCCUGUUCGAGCUAAGUCUUCGCACUAUUGCGGAGCAAGCGUCCAGACUUCGCACUACUGCCGACUCAUCGGAUACCUUCCCUUUUGCCAGCACUCUAAAGAUGUUGUUGGGGGGGCCAUCCACCUUUCCCGGGGCAGUCGUCCUUCCAUUUUCGGGUGCACCCAUGGGGGGGCCCAUGCAACCCCCAGGCGGAGCUCGCAGUCUACCCCAGAACGGUGAAGGAGAUUACACCUCUUCUAUCCUUGGCAUCAGUAUGCCAGUUGAUGGGCAGUCUUUGACCCCAAAAGACACCGUAAUGGAAAACACAGAUUUAGGCAUGAUUGACGUGCCACUACACCACCCAAUGGAAGUACAGUCAGGUCUACCAGACAAGGUCAUCCCGCGCAGCAGAGCAGAUUCCAUGUUUGGCACAGCCAGCGCACAGCAUCAACAACCACAACCCCAAACCCCCGACUCGACAUCCUCAAACCCAAUGAUGCCUGGUAAUAUCGACGCCAUCUUCAAAGAUCUGGCAUACCUGGACACUACUGAAUGGUCCACGAACCGUGAGGCCGGUCUGAAGGAUUUCGGAUUCUUGGACGAUAGCACAUUCCAGGCUUUCUGUCACGAUCCCGAUCGCUUAGGCGGAUCACAGCCACUGGUUCAUCCGCCUUCCAUAGCGGAUAUUUGGCCACCGCCUGGGUUCUUCCCAGAGACGUUCCAGGAAGUGCCCGAGGAGUCUAUGGGCGGCUGA